CUGUUGAAUCUGCUCACUAAAGUUCUCUCGAUGGCCGAGCAUUUGUACUUUGCCAAUAUCGAAACGUCAACCGUUGAUACCGACUUUUGACCAAUAUUGCUGGCUAGGCCCUUCGACAUGCUGCCUUGACGACCUCAUGGAACAUUGGACUUUGGCUGCCUGGCAUAAUCCUAAUUUCUUUCGUCACUAUCACAUGGGGACCUGGGGUAAAGAUAGAGCGCGGCCUCACCCUUCCGCGAGCCCGCCCUCAUCUUCGAUGCAUGUUUCUUACAAAUUACGGCACUAUUGGCAGAUAAACGCUGCGGAUUGGGUUAUGCGUAUCUCUUUUUCUUCGCGAAAACUCCUUCCCCCGGACCACCCCAGAGACGCAGAGACGGCCGCCGCCCCCUCCUCACCCUUCCUUUCCCGUCCACGACCACCCAACCCCGGGGCGGGAAAAGGAGGGCUGCUGACCAACAACCCCGGUUCGAAAUCUCACACCGAGACGGGAGUCCCCGGAACCGGUCAGCGCGAUGGGAUGUCAUUCCCGCCCGCUCCCCUCCAUGUGACGGUGACAUGCCAUGUCGAAUUGUCGAUGAAGCGUGAACGGGCGCACAACGCCCCGCUAUUGAUGCCGGGGACAAGAGGAAACGUGAUUUUGAGUUUCUCGAUUGCAAAAGUCGAUUCUUUCCACUGGGAGCAGGAUUUCCACCACGCAUCCCGAGGCUUCUGCCGACCGAGGGUAUGUCUGGGGUCGGUCCGAAGGUUGUCAGUUGGCUCUUAUUUGUAGCCUCAUGGAGUUAACACAUGGCUUACUGACUUACUGAGUGAGGUUCCCGGGCUGAAGACAUAUCGCCGAU